UUUAGGAAUCCUCCAUCUUGUGAUUAACCUGGCUUCUCUCCUGAUCAAAGGAAGACGACUUGAGGCAAAGUUUGGAACUUUUGGAUUCUUGAGAAUUGCGGCAUUCUCGCUCUUCGGUACAACGUUUAUGUACUGGGUUGUGAAUAGGUUGGUUUAUGAAUUUACUGGAUCCUGGGACCAUCUUUCAGAUUGUGUUGUCGGACUUUCAGGGCCCUUAUUCGCAUUCAAGAUACUAGUUCUUCUACAUUCAUCCAGGUUGGACAGUACUGUAGUUUAUGAACUAGUAGAACUACUAGUUCUCCUGGAAAAGAAUACAAUGCUCUACCAUAUCUCUGGUAUUUUGGUGGGCGGCCUAAUCUACCUCUGGUGGACUAAUGAGAACAUUUCUUGGAGGACAGGUCUCUUUAAUUAUUUAGUUAACAGAACUGUAAGCGUAAUUUAAAGUAACCCUCCAUGC